CGCGUUGCUUUCGGCAAAGACAAGGGAAAAAAGGCGGCGGCUGUCCUUCCCCAGCAUCGCAAAAACAAAGAUCACUGCGUUCCUUCGCUCAUCUAUCGAUUCAACUGAGUCUUGAUGCAGCUGCCGGCUCUCCUUGGAGGUGAGGAGGGGCGCUCACUGCACGCAGAUGCGGGAGCGGAAUGCACGCGAGAGAUCCGCUCACCGCUGCAUCUGGUUGGCAUGUGUGUCGUUGCAGGCGUGAUGUCCCUGGUGGUCAGCACUGUCGCUUUCGUCCCCCAGCCAACCUUUGUGCUGCAGACGGCACAACCAAUAAGGUGCGUAUGCACCUUUCCAAACACCAGCAAUGUGCAGAGCCUUCAUCUCCGUGUGUAUUUCACGCGUCAUGCUCAGGCCGAGGUUGCGGUCUACUCAAGUCACCAUGAUGGCUGACAACCUUGUGGACAGGUAGCGGCAAACUGCACAAUCAAGGCGGCUCUGACGUCCUGGCCUCACUUGCAUUGCCUGUGCGGUGCGGUGCGUGUGUUCAGGUUCUUUCGUGUGGUCAAGUCGAAUGUCGGUGCGGUCAUCUCCAAAUUCGAGGACCCUGAGAAAGUCCUCGAACAAGCCGUCAUUGGUGAGCCAGUCAGCUUCCACAACACCAAGCAGAUAGAAGAACACAGAGCAUCAGCCGACCGUUGGCGUGUCUGACCUCAUGCAGACAUGAACGAGGAUUUGCGUAAGGUGCGACAGUCGUACGCCGAGAUCACUGCAACACAGAAGCGAGUCGAGCGACAGAGAAACGUAGGAGCCAAAGACAGACACGUGGAAUCUCAGCCAUUGAUGAGCUGCGUGUGUGGCUUUGCAAAUGCAGGCUGCGGCGGACCAGGCAGCCGAGUGGAUGCGACGAGCACAGCUGGCUGUCGAGAAGGUGAGGGAACCACCACACCGACCAGGUGACCGCACGUAGUGCAUUCCCGCAUUUGUGUGCGGUAGGGUGAGGAGGAUCUCGCUCGCGAGGCGUUGCAGCGGAAGGUGACUCUGUCUGACCAAGUCAAGACACUCGAGGAGCAAAUGAGGGUAGGCAAACCGAGAUCGAAUGGGGGGCAUGGACGCAGGUCAUGAUGUGUGUGCCUUUGUUUGUAUGUGUGUAUCAGCUGCAAGGCGAAGCUUUGGAGCAGCUGCAGGCCUCCAUGAGGACUCUGGAAAUGAAGAUCAAUGAAGCACGGGUACACACAUGCCAUUCGCAGAAAGAGACGGUCUCGCCGCGUGUAUUCGAUGGUUCCUUGUCUUGUGUUCGCGCCCAUCCACCAUCAGUCGAAGAAGGAUCAGUUGAUAGCCCGCGCCCGCACGGCCAAGACGGCCCAGCAAGUCACUGACAUGCUCUCGGGCAUGGGACUCGGCAAAACAAGGUAGGUACGACACGCGGGGAUGGAUUGAGCAAAUAGCCACCAUAUUCUCGUCUUGACGUGUUGCUUGCUGCUCGUGUAUGUGUGCAGCAUGGAUGCGUUUGAGCGGAUGCAGGAGAAGGUCGAGACCCUCGAGUCGAAAGCAGAGGUGUCACGACAAAUGUCACUCUCAUCCGGAACGUACGGACGCGCGCACCCAUAGCCAUGACGUGCUGCACCAUCACAUCGCCCAUGGCUGUCCUGUGUGUGUGGUCAGUGUUGAGGACAAGUUCAAGUCUCUGGAGGAGGGCUCGGGUGUGGACGCUGAGCUGCAGAAACUCAAGGCAUCCAUGGGCAAAACAUCAAAGGAACCCGCACAGGUUCCCAGCAAUCACCACACUGACACACAGGCGGGCCCAUGUUGUGUGUAUGUUAUGUAUGUGCAGCUCAAGUUCGCCAGCCCCGAGGUGGAGGCCGAGCUGGCGCAGAUCAAGAACAAGAUGCAGUGAACCACACCACACACAUUUUUGACCUGUCCAUGGACACCGUGUGUGCGCACGAGAGAGAG